CAGUUAUCGGCAUUUCUCUCCUCUCGAGCUGUCACGCUGACAGAGGAGAGCCGUGCCACCUGUCAGUGUCCAUCAGUGCCAGCUGCCAGUGCUGAACAGUGCCACGUGCCAGUGCCACAUCAAUGCCACAUAUCAGUGCCUACCAGUGCACAUCAAUGCCACAUAUCAGUGCCUACCAGUGCACAUCAAUGCCACAUAUCAGUGCCCAUCUCAGCUGCCUUUCAGUGUCACCCAUCAGUGCCACCUAUCAAUGCCAAUCAGUGCCACCUGUCAGUGAUGCCAAUCAGUGCCGUCUAUCAGUGCCAGUCAGUGCCGCCUAUCAGUGUGCAUCAGUGCCGCCUAUCAGUGUGCACCAGUGCCUCCUAUAAGUGCCAGUUAGUGCCUCCUAUAAGUGCCAGUCAGUGCCGCCUAACAGUACCAGUCAGUGCCGCCUUUCAGUGCCGCCUAUCAGUGCCAAAUAUCAGUGCUGCCUUUCAGUGCCCAUCAGUGAUGCCUGUCAAUGCCCAUCAGUGCCAACUAUCAGUGCCUCCUCAUUAGUGCCCAUCAGUGCCACCUAUCA